CAGCCCUUCCCGUCCUGUACUGGACUUGGGCAGACUCCAGAUCUGCCAAAGGACGCUUCGGGUUUCAAAUCCAAAAACUACAACAGCAAACAAGCCAGAGAUACUGCCUGGACCUUCAUCUGCUACCCUUUCACAAAAUCACUUUCUCUGAGUGCAUACUGGUGCCAUGCUGUUGGACGUUCACGAAAAGAAACUAUGACAUCAGAGGUGUGUUCCAGCUGUGAUUUGGGUGAGAAGGAGUCCAUCCCUUUAGACAUCGACAAUGUCCACAUGCUGCUGCAAGUGGAACAGGAACAGAUCCAGAAGAGGACCUUCACCAACUGGGUCAACGCUCAGCUGGCAAAGAGGAGACCACCAUGUUUGGUAGCAGAUCUGUUCAGUGAUUUCCGUGAUGGCUCCAAGCUCCUGGACCUUUUGGAGGUGAUGAGUGGCCAGCACAUAAGUCGGGACAGAGGCAAGGGAAUGUUUCAGCACAGGAGUAACAUCGAGAAGGCGCUCUCCUUCCUGAAAAAAAAAUCGAUCAAAUUAGUCAACAUCAACAUUCCUGACAUCAUCGAUGGAAAACCGUCAAUCAUCCUGGGCCUCAUAUGGACGAUCAUUCUGCAGUAUCAUAUUGAGGAGUUGGCAAGCAGCCUCUCAUUUGAUUCUCGCCAGUCGUCCAUGGAGUCUUUGGCCAGUCUGGACUCCCGCUCCACGCUGUCCAGCCGCUCAGCAAGCAGCAGUCCGGUCCCGCGCAGAGGCUCACCGCUGCAUAGCCGCUUCAGGGUUUCUGCCAAGAAGGCCCUGCUGCUCUGGGUGCGAGAGCAGUGCCACAGAGCUGGCUGCACAAUAAACGUUAAAGACUUUAAGGCGAGCUGGAGGAGCGGGGUGGUGUUCCUGGCCAUCCUGUGUGCUCUGCGACCCGACCUGGUGGAUUUGUCGAAAGCCAGAACCAGAAGCAACAAGCAGAACCUGGAAGAAGCCUUUCACAUCGCAGAGAAGGAGCUGCGGAUCCCCAAGCUGCUGGAGCCUGAUGAUGUGGAUGUUCGAGACCCUGAUGAAAAGUCCAUCAUGACCUACGUGGCUCAGUUCCUUCAGUACUCCAGAGACACGCCGGAGUCGGAGGAGGAGAUGCAGACUCAGUACCUGACUCCUCCCAAAAGUGCCUCACCCAUCCGUCUACCUGUCCACUACACACCUGCUGUUUCUGCUUCACCUCUUCGACAGACAACAACUGAUCGUAAAGUUCAGGAGGUCACCUGUUGGCUGAUUCAGGCCUACGAUGAGCUGCUGGAGGGAUGGGACUCUACCGAAGGAGAAAGCUACUCAGAACGAUUCCACGUGUUUCAGACAUUUCUGGUGUCCUUUAAUGAGCAGCGACGACCCAUCAUGCCUUUGCUGACGGCAAUGAAACGAGCUCACAAACUGAGUGAAGAGCAACGGGCUCUCCGAGAGGCCUGGGACUCCCUCAACCAAAAGAUAAAUGAGUAUAAAAUGGAGGUGGACAUCAGCCUUCCACCACCCUUGGACUCUGUGGCCCGCUGGCUGUUGAGAACCGAGGGGGCCUUGACGGAGGAGCCAGGAGACCCUCAGGACCAUGGCUGUGCUGCUGAUGACGCUAGAGAGAAGCAGGAGCUGCUCAGAGUUUGCUUGGAGGAGAUGCCACAGCAGUUAAAAACCUUCCAAUCCUUCCAAAACACAGAUGUAUAUGGAAACAUGGUGGUUCCUACUGAUAAGAUGGACGAGCUAAAGAAGAGAUUUACCAGUGUGAGAGUGACUGCUAAGUACCAUGGCAUCAAGCUGGAGUUCCGGGAGCACCGACACACAGCUCUGGACCUGUUGGGACAGAUCCAAACCAAGCUUCGCAUUUGGAAGACACCGUAUAUCUCCCAAGAGGCAGUCAGGGUGUUGCUGCAGGAAUGGCAUGAAAUGGUAGACAGACAGGAACUUCCUGUGUUGUUGGAAACUGCUGUUCGCAAACUAAAGCAAGUCUCCGAGAAAUAUUCAAGCAAAUCUGCCCUUGCUGAGGAUUACCACCGCGUCAGUCAGCAGGUGAAACAGCUUGAGGAGAAAACUGUGGUCGUUCUGGAGGAAGUGACCGCAGCCAAGAGCGUCAUGGGUCGGGUCCUGUCUGCCUGGGACUCGUACAGCGACUGCCUCAGCACUCUUCAGGCCUGGCUGGAGCAGGGAUCAGCAACACGUAGCCGUGGCAACAGAGCUACAGUAACAAAUGAUUCCAGAGCCGAGUGGGGAGCCCGACACGCCCAUUUAAACAAAUUGGGUAACUUCCUGAUCGAGUCGACGGAUUCUCCAACAAGCAAGAAGCUGGCAGAAGAACUUCGAAAGCUCAACAUGCAUUGGGCUGAGUUCAUCGAGAGAAACACUUCUGAAAGCUCAGCUGAAGCCGGUGCAGAUCGACAGGCCGACACCCAGGACCUCCAGGCUUUGAUCAGAGAAGCCACUCUAAUACUUAAAGAACCUCUGGAAGCAUCAGCAGGGGGUUUACGCACCUACAGGAAAAGACUACAGUUCAUUAUGAGGAAGAUAAAAGAAGUGGAUCUAGACACUGUAGACCCUUCUCCAGAAUGCCCAUCUGACCAGCUACGUAAUCUGAGGCUUGCUGUUCCUGAAGUGAUGCAGACCUUGUUUGAGGCAGAGCAGAUUUGUGCAGAGCUGCAGCACAGUGUGUCUGGGCUGGACACAAGGCUAGCUGAGCUCCUACUCUGGGAAAUGGAGGCCAGGGAACUGUGUGGGCUGCUGAAGGCUACAGAUCGGCAGAAAAAGCAGCAAGGACAGGAUCCAAGAGCCAGGGUCAUCAUAUCUCGUGGUCUACAACUGGAGGGCCAGGUUGUCACAGAGGAGCAGGAUUUGCAGGUUAUAAUAAUGUCAAGUCAGAAAAGCUCCCCCAUCCAGUAUCUACGUGCUACUGCCAUGCAGGAACGAGUUCAAGCUGCUGUUGCUCAGUCUCAGGAGGCUAUCGGUAAGCUAAGCAGCUUGGGUGCUAGAAGAGACAGAAGCAGAAGCCCGCCGGAGACAGGCCCCCCAUCCAAGGUCUUUAUCCAAGCAAAAACAAAACCUCAUCAUCUCAGAACCUCAGAUACCAGGACGUCAACUCAGGAUUCUCAAAUGAAUUUAGUUUCACAUCAUGGUGCUGAAGCAUUUGUGCCAAAAAUAGUAAUCCAGGAAUACAGAGAAGAAAAGGUAGCAUCUCCGCCAAUGCCAUAUUCCUACGCACAAGCUGUGAUGCAGACAGGGACAAAGUCGCAACCAGAGUGCCAGACCCAGGUGUGUCUUCAGAGUGUGGCCCAAAAGCAGCAGAAGACUCAAGUUCCAAGUCUGAUACCAGAGCAGCAGCAGCUGCAACAAGGGCUUAGCAGAGAGAUGGAAAAUGAACUAGAACAGCAACAGCUCAAACAAGAGCAAUCACUGGAAGAAACAAAAGCGUUGAAGCAAGAGCUCCCUCCUCAACCCCAGCAGAGACAAGAACAAGAGCGCCAGGCCGAUGCCUGUAUGUGUCAGGGCGAACAGCACACAGUUACAAAUGUGCAACACAGUACACAAAGUAAACUGAUAGAAGAGGUUCACGAGAGGACUUUACAUCAUCAACCAGCAGCACAAAAAGCUGUCAGCUCCCAGGAGCUUCAGAGCAGAAAAGCUCAGGCCAUGAAGAAUCGACCCUGGCUUCAAAAAUCAGCCUUGAUGGAAACUCCAGCUUCAUUUCCAAACAAAGAUUCUGGUCAGAAUCCAGUUCAGCCUAGAGAAACCAAAUCACAGGUAAAAAGUGAGGCAGUGAUCACUUCUCAGGUUGUUUCACACUCACCAGCAAGUAGGGCACACCCUGAAUCACACGAAAAGCUCAAAGAGGCACAGCAGCUAGAGAAGGAACUGAUAGAGACACAGCAAACUCAACAUCAAGUACAGGAGCAACAAAAACAACACCGUCAAGACCGCCAAAAGCGGGAUUCAGACACCCAAGCCACAUGCCAGGCUGUAACCCAGACUCAGUCCGUGACUCAGUCAGGUGAACACACAGCUAAAGGCCCAUUCCAGCCAGCAGGUGUGUCUUACCCUUCUGCUGACAGCCAACAAUCAACAACAUCAAGCAUGCCACCAUCUGAAAUAAAUGAAUGUUUUGUAAAACCUCGUGGCCCUAUUAGGUCCCAAUCACCUACCCAGUCCCAAACAUGUGUUCCUGCAGAAUUUCAGCUACUGUCACAGCCACAAAAUCCACCCCACAGUUCAGCUACUGCUCAGAUUCAGACGCAGACUACAAUUAGAUCCUCUGCCCAAAUGCCAUCUCCUCUAGGUUUUAUCCAGCCCCCAGUGCCAUCUCACGUUCAAUUUUGUCGUCAGCCACAAUCGUGGGCCCCUGUCAGGCCUCCUUCUCCCAAACCACCAACACACGAUCAUCCUGAGAUCCAUGGCCAAUCACAAACCUUUACUAAAACUCAGACCAUAAUUGAUUCUUCAAUUCCCUCUCAUCUCAGAGGUCAGGAUAAAGCCCAACUCACAAUGAAGAAUCAAUCUGAAAUCCAAACCCAGACAACAAACCAACCUCAGAUCUAUUUACAAUCAGGAACACAGACUCAAGCCCUUCCUCAGUCUAUGAUGUAUUCUCAAACUCAUACCCAGUCAGUGAGCCAGGUUCGAAUCCCUCCCCAAACUUCUAACAUUCAAACCAAUAUUCUGCCUAUUGGCCAGGGUCAAACCCAUGUCCAGCCAAUGGUUAGACCAGGUCAGACCCAACCGCCAACCUUCCAUCACAUUCAACCGUCAGCCCAUCAUCAGGAUCAUUCACUCACUGACACUACUUACCAUGGUCAAUCUCAAGUCCUGCAACUCAGUCUUCAUUCCCAAAGCCAACUGCAGGCUUGGACUCAGGUUGGACCCUCAUCCCAAAUUUCAGCGCAGCAACUCCCGGCUACAGCUCAGCUUUUUCACCAGUCUCAGUUUCCAGCCCAGCAUUGGUCAGGAAAGCAGGACGCACAAAGCCAUGCCAUUUCUCAACAGAGUCCCCCAAUGUCACAACCAUACCCUUCACAAAUGACUCAAGCUUCAAAUUCUCAGGCGUAUGCAAAAACUCAGUGGAACCAACAAAGGCCUCAACUUAGCCCCCAUGCUUAUUCUCAUCUGGGCCUAUCCUACACUCAGCCUCAAGCGCAUCUCCGGGCCCACGCUCAGUCAUGGGUUCAAACUCCACCCCAAACCACCCCCCUGAAUCCAGUUCAACUCAGGUUCCAGACAGGACCUCAUAGUGUCAUUCAAACAGAGCAAGGACAGAUUCAGCAGCAGACUUGGGUUCAACCAUCGCCACAAGUACAAUCCCAGCCUUAUCACCCUCGGUCACAGCCCUUUUUACUGGUUCAGAACCAGAAUCAUGGCCAAUCUCAGCAUCACCCACAGAUGCACUCCCAGCUGGGUCUCAGGCCACAGCCACCACAUCAAAUCCAACAACAACUACCCUUACAGGACCAGCUUCAACCUCUGCAGGCUCAGUCUCAAACAUACACUCAGCCACAGCCGAAGUUACAAGCUAAGCUCGAUACCAAGACUAGCCAGCCCCGAUCUAAUCUGCUCCAGCAGUCCUCUGUGGAUGACAAACAUCUCCACCUCCAUAAAAAUGCAAAGCCUGACAUAAAAAGUGCAUCACAUUCAGAACCAAUGCCUUCAGACCAAACAGGAUUUGAAUUCCCAGCCCAAACAAACACACCGCCUCUAUUCCAACCCAAGGCUUUAUCACUGAUACAACCUGAGUCUCAACCAGUGUUGUCCAAACAACUUGUGAGGGCAUCAGCUACCUUAGCUAAUGUUGAAGCAUCACCAGAAUGUAAGACGCCAGCACAGACUGAAUCACAAACUUCUGGUCAGCCACAGGCUCAGCUCAAAGUUCAGUCACCAGCUCAGCCCAUGGUUGAGACACCUAAACAACCUCUACCUAAACCCACGGAUGCCAAUAGGCCUGUAUGUUCAUCACCAUCUAAAUCUGAAGUUCAGACUGAAACUACAACACAUCCAGAGCCUGCAUCUCUAAUUCAACCUCAGUCUGGGUCUUCGACCCCAGCUGAGUCUCACUCAGUGUCACAGUCCAAACGCCAGGCACAAUUACCAUCACAGCCCAGACCCCAAACAUCUCCACAGUCCAAGUCUCAAUCACCACCAGAGGUCAGAUCUCAUCCACUCCCACUGCCAACACUUCAGAUCACGACUCCUGUCCAAGAAAAAACUCAUCAAUCACAGAGCACUCUUCUCUCUCAAGUUCCUGUUCCGCCUCAGAUCCAGGCUGAGUCAGCAGACCUCCUCAUCAAACCUUCCGCUCUGGCUCAAGCACCUCCCCAGGCCUACACAGAGGCCUACGUUAAGGCUCGAGCUCUUGCCAUGAAUGGCUUUGAGGAGGCCAAGCACUGCUUACAGGCUCACAUUAUGGAAGCUAUUUGUGUUUUUAAAGAUAAAAGGUUGUCAGCUGACCAGGCAUCAGCUAAACAGGAGACUCUGAAAAUUCUUGACCCAGAGUUACUGGAAGAGUUCUUGCGAGCAGCAAAGGGCAUGGAGGCCUUCUGUACCCCCCCACAGCUCAGAGAGAUGGAAUUCUUCACCCAGUCAGUCAGGACACAGUGGAAGGCCUGCUUCUCAGCAGACUUUGCUGAGGCAGAGCAGCACCUUGAGGCCAUGAAAAAGCUGUGUGAUACCCUGAUCCCCGAGGACGCUCACCGUCUGGCCCAGACUCAGCUCAUGGAGUGUGAGAAGAGGCUGGCUGCCAUCCAGCAUCAGUUCAGUGGAGACCAAGAUGCAUCACUUCCUGAGUCCAGGAUUUAUCUUUUACAAAGCGAAGAGCUGAUCACACAAAAAGGAACAAAAAAAGCGAGUGACAAACUGCAGCCUUUACCAGAGGUUGUGCAGGCAACGUCUCAGGAGAAGAGAGAGAUGGAAAAGCAGACAUCAACAGAAGAAAUUACCAAGAAGGAAGCUCUGGAACGAUAUGAAAAUACCAAAAGAACUCUGCAAGCCCACUUGGCCAAAAACGAGCAGAGCUUGAAGGAGCCUCCCGCUGACUCGUUGUCCCUGAAGGGCCUGCAUACACGACUCCAGGAAAUACAGUUCUUGAGGCAGGAAACAGAAUCACUGUGGUCUGAGUAUUCGGGCCACUGUUCCCAGUGUUCCCAGUUGAGCCGGGACCCUUCUUUGGAGCAGGAAAAAGCAGAGCUGCUGGAGCUGUGGCGCAGCCAACAGAAACACCUUCAGAGGCGAGGCAGCUCCCUCGGUGCUGCCCUCAGACAGAUAGACUCCACAGAAAACCACAUGGUGGACUUCACCGACCGCCUGGACCGGUACCUCAGACAGCCCAAAGACAUCACUGGCUUCACACUGGCCAGUACCAACAUCCUGAAAGACAUCAAGGAACUGGACGACAACAUUCAAAGUGAGUUGGACCAGCUGUGCCGAUUGGACCCUGAAUCCAGCAGUCUUGACCCCAGAGAAUGCUUCCCUCUGACUUGUGAGGUAGAGGCCCACAAAGCCAGCCUGGAUCAGCUCCAACAGCAGGUCCAGAAGAGUGAAGCAGCUGCUCGCGCUCUUGACCGCUUCCUCAUGUCCCUACGCACUGUGGAUGAAGACAUAUCUGGAGUCCAAGCUUCUCCCUGCAGUGACUCUGUGGUACUGCAGGACUUUCGCUCCAAACUGGCUCUGAUUAGACAGAGCAUCGACAGUCUGAAGGAAAAGGCCCCUCAGCUGGAUCUGCUCCUGCAGGGAGCCAGGCUGACGAUCAGCAGAAAUGGUGCUCCGGCCUCCUGCCUGGACAUGGUGACUGUCUUGCUCAGGAGGUUGGAGGAUGCUGAUGGUGGUCUGGCCAGCCAGCAGAGAGGCCUUCAGAGAGAGACGCAAAGCAAAUCCUUUGGCUUGAGGAGGAGGGCAGUGUUUGGGGAGCUGAAAAAGCUGCAAGAUAUGAUUGAAGAACAGAGUCUGAGAGAGCCCACCAUGCCUGCUGUGCAGCACAUGCUUCGUGCUGUUUCGGAUUUGGAUGGCCAGCUGCAGGCUCAACAGUCUGAGCUUCAGAAUCUUCACGAUCUGCAGGAGAAACAAGGAAAAGAUGAAAACCUGCUCCAGGAGCUGGAUGCUCAGUGGAAGGAGACUCACAGAGCUUUCUCUAGCAGAAAGAAGCAGUGCGGUGUUCUUCUGGAGCUUCUGAAGAAGUUCCAGACAUGUCGCAGUCUCGUGAGCAACAGCAUCCAGAAAGCUGAGCAGACCAUCGGUGAAAGGGCUUCUUAUAUGGGCAAGGAGAACUUGCACAGGAGCGUAACAAAGGUUUGCGACAUUAAAAACAAACUGGCUGGUCUUGGUAAGGAGAUGGGCGAGAUGAGAAACGUUUGCAAGCAACUCCAGUCUGAACUGAAGAAGUUUCGAGACUGCAACGAGACUCCAUUUGAAGCUGAAGCAGACUCGCUGAUGGACAACUGGCUGGACGUUACAGAGAAGAUCGAUGCCUACUUGGAUAACCUUCGAGUGGGGCUGGAGCUGUGGGAGAAGCAGCUGAUGUUGGGACAAGAGGUGGACAGCUGGGCUGCAGCUACACUCAGCAUGUUUGCAGAGGGCCAUCCCUUCCUCGAUGAACAACAAGUGCUAGCCAUGAUGGAUGAGAUCCGCUCCAAUGAGGAGAAUGUUGCACAUUUUCACAAGAAGUCUGAAGAGAUUCAGGAGAUGCUGCAGAGUCAAGAUCCUCCUUUGGAGCUGCAGGUGAUGGAGACCCAGUUGAGGAAAAGAAUGGAGGAGGUGAAUGAGUUGUUCCUUGACUUCAAAGACGUCUUUGAAGAUCUGAUGACUGUAAAAAAGCAGUUCAAUGAGGAAAUAAAAAAGUGUCGCACAUCGGUAGAAGACAUCCAGUGUGGUCUCAGUAAAAUUGAUUUUUCAGCACCAAAAGCAGAAGACCAGAUUGAGGAUCUUUGUUCGGACCUGAAGUCUUCAGAAGAACAGGCUGAAGACUUGUUAAUGAAGCUGCAAAUGGUUAACGUUGUGGCCCGUUUGCCCAUUCUGAAGGAUCUGUUUUCUGACUUCAACAAGCUUCAAGGGGCCAUCUCGAGUACUAAAGACAUGAUGCAUCUUAGGAGAGAGGAGCACAGCAAAGGCAUGCUCAGCGCUAUUAAUGAGGGAAGAGAAUUAUUUGAGGAAUGGUUUCAGAAUUUACAGCUGUCUGUCAACGAGUGCUUUGAGAGCCCCGAGAGCCAAACAGAUGUGGAAACCUCUGUACAAAAACUGAUUAGUUUUCUGAAGUCUGAAGACACAGAGAGACGUUUGGGCCAGUUGCAGGACCAGCUGGACCGAGGCCAGCAGCAGGUUCCUCCUGAGCAGCUCUCUGAGCUCACCGACUGGCUGAAGGAGCAGCAGGAGGAAGUGGGAACGUUUAAAGCCCACUGCCACAACCGGCAAACACAGAUGGAGUCACUCCUCAGUGACCUGGACAGUCUGCAGAAUCAGCAUGAGAGGCUUUAUGAGUGGCUGCAGCACAAAGAAAACCUUUCUGUGGACACAGAGAACAUCGAAGUUCUGCUCAGAGAACUUCAGGACGAGAGUGGCAGAGCCGAGGCCUUCGCUGAGCUCCUGGCAUCAAUCCGCAGACAAGGUGUCAGAGCUGAAAACAUCCUGAAGGACGGCGACAAUUUGUUACAGCGCUAUCGAAACCUGGAGACUCGACUGAGGAAACAGGCUGAGGCACAGGAAGUGGUGGAGGAAGAAUUUAUCCGCUUUAAAGUCCAGGCAGAGAGCACCAGGACCUGGAUGACAGACGUCCUGCUUUCCUCUGAGAUGAAGGACCUGAAGUGUAAAGCGCUGGCCAUCCUCGCCGCUAAGCCUGAAGGAGAGUCCAAACUGAACAACCUGAAAGAGCAAAUGGAAAGACUUCAGGAGCAGGAGGACCUAAAGGAGAGCAGGAAGCAAGAUGCUGAGCUGUUAUUCAGAGAGGCAGAGACGGAGUGGAGGUCCGCCCUGCAGGCUGCCGACGACCUCCUCCAUACGGCACAGACACAAGCACUGCUCGACAAACAAUACGACGCCUUCCUAAUGCAGAACGAAAGCUUUGAGUUCUGGAUCAAAGACCAGAGGGAAGUCCUGACAUCUCUGGGUGGUCACAUGGAAGUUGAAGAGAAGUUGCAGACUGCAGAGGUGUUCCUGAGCACCAAGCCCAACAAGGAGCUGAAGCUUCAGGAUUUGAAGCAACAGGCUGAGAGUCUGUGUGACAACCAGCACCUGACUGAGAGCAGGAAGCAGGAGGUUCUUGAUGCUCUCAGGCACACAGAGGAGCAGUGGAGGAACGCUCUGCAGGCUGCUGAGGAGGCUCUGAGCCAGGCGAAGCAGGAGGCUGACUCUCAGAGGGACUUCAAUGCUUUCAAAACCUGUGUGGAAGUCUUCCAGACCUGGAUAAAAGAGCAGAGGCUGAAACUGUUGGGUAGUCACAUGACGUUUGAGGAGAGGUUUCAAAAUGCGCGGACUGUUGUGACUUCUAAACCUGAAGGAGAGUCGAAGCUGCAUGAUCUGAAGCUGCAGGCCAAGAGUCUGUGUGAGCAGCUGAAGGACAGCAGGAAACCAGAGGUGGAGCUGCUGCUAACACACACAGAACAGCUGUGGACAACGGUUCAGCAGGCGGCCAGACAGGCGGAGCUCCACAGUCUAUCAGAUGACUUUGAUGCUCAGGGUAAAAACACAGAAUCCUGGAUCAGAGACAGACGGCAGCAGCUGCAGUGUUUGUGCACUCACACACCGCCUGAAGAGAGACGCCUCACAGCACAGAGCAUCCUGAGCGUCAGACCUGAGGGGGAUGUCAUGGUGAACAACCUAAGGAGACGAGGGCUGACUCUGUAUGAGCAUCAGGAUGCUGAUGAAGCGAGAAAAGUCCAGGUUCAGCAGACAGUCAAAGACCUGGAGGAGCAGUGGAGGACGGUCUUGCAGACUGCCAAACAAGUCGAAGCAUCAGCAGUGGCUGAGAUCACCCAGGAAACGGAGAGAAGAGAGUUGGAGCUCAGAGAAUUCAGUGACCAUCAACAAGACACGGAUCACUGGCUUGAAGACCUCCGGCAGGAGCUGGUCUGUUUGGACCAUCAGACCGAAGCUGAAGACCACCUUCAUGCAGCACAGGCCAUCAUGAACUCAAAGUCUGAAGGAGACUCUAAGAUCCAAAAACUGAAGAGACAGAGUCAGGCUCUGUGUGCUCAGGAUCUUGACGAACACAAAAAACAACAGAUCCGAGAAAAAGUACAAGACUCUGAGGAGCGAUGGACAAGUGUCCUUCAAAGUGCUAAACGAGCUGUGAGUGAAGCAGAGAGAAUGUUUGCUCUGGAUGUUCAGCUGAAGGACUUCAACGCUUUGAGAGAAAAAAACAUCGACUGGUUGGAGGAGAAACAUCAGUGUCUCGUUUCUCUGGACACGCAGAGAAAUCCCGAAGAGGCAAUGAAAGCUGCUCAGAGCAUCCUGAGCUGCAAACCUGAGGGUGAUGCUAAGUUGUCUGAACUGAGAAGACAAAGCCAGUGUUUGUCGGAUCUGGAAGACUUGAAGCAACACGAGAGGCUCGAGGCCCAACAAAAAGUGCUGGACUCAGCGGAGCUGUGGAGGAUGGUCCUGCAAACUGCUGAAGACACUUUGGAGAAAGCUGAGGUCCAGUACAAACUCUCCAGGGAGCUGGAGGCGUUUCGUAUCCAUGCAGAAAGCACAAAGACCUGGCUGGAAAAGCGUCAGAAACAAGCUGAAUCCAUGGAGGGGAGUACUCAAGGCAACAAGACUCAGAUAGAGGAGCGGCUGCAUGCAGCACAGGCCAUCCUAAGCUGCAAGUCAAAUGGUGACACUCAAGUGAUGGAUCUGAAAAGUCGAGCAGAUGGUCUCUGCAGCCACAUAGGUUUGGAAAAGGAGAAGAAAAUGGACAUCCAGCAGACAAUCAACGACACAGAGACAGGGUGGAGGACAGUUGUUCGAGCUGCGGAGGAAACACAAAGACAACUGCAGGUUGUUCUGGAGCACCUGGUUUCCUAUGAAUAUAGGAAGGGCCAAGCUGAGGAGCAGCUGGCUGAGCUCCAAAAACAGACAUCCAGCCUUCCCCGUGUGUUCCCCUGGCCGGGCCUGGGAGAGCGAAGGCAGGCUGUGGAACUGGCUCGGACCCUCUUGGACCAGAGUACGGCUUUGGCCCCUCUACUGUCCUCUCUGAGAACAGAGACAGGAGAGCUGUUUGAAAUCACACAGGACCACAGCUGGAAAGAUUUCUCCUGGGAAGCCAAGGAAAAAGUCAUCCCUGCUUUGUUGGCAGAGCUUACUGAUGUGGUGUUGAACCUGGAGGAAGGCAUCCUGACGGAGCGGCAGUGCACUCUGCUGAUGGAGCAGCAUGAGGCAGCUCAGGACUGGCUGAGGGAGCAGGUUAAAGGUCUAGGACCCCCGCCAAUGGACAGACACGGCCUUCACAAUUCUGCCAACACCCUGAAGGCUUUGCUGCAGACCGUUGACAGAGAGCAGAGAGAGAUGAGGGAGCUGGACUCUGCUAAAGACAGUUUGAUGAGCAUCUGCACCCCUGGAGGUCAAGCUGCUCUGACCCUGGAGGUCAGCCACCUCCAUGACCUCUGUGCCAACUCAGAGCAGGAAGUGAGGGAGCGCCUGGCUUCCUGUGAGCUGCAGUUAGAGAAGAUGGACCAGCAUCUGGCCAAGCUGGCCCAAACCCUGAAGGAGAAAUCAGCAGCCCUGCAGUGGGAGCUCCGCUCUCUGGACCAGGCGCUGAGUUAUAGCGAACCACGGAACAACAUCACGCAGCUCCAGCAGCACUGGCACAGCCUCCAGAACUGUGAGAAGUCACUGGAGGAUUUGGGUGUGAAAGUUCAUAAUCUGCACCAGGAAGUCGAAUCGGCUUCUUCCUCCAAUGAGCUUCCAGCAGAAAUCACCAGUAUGGUUGACUCUUUGUGCCAGCAACAUGACAGUCUAAAGUCCAGACUUGGCGAGCAUCAGGAAACGUGCUUUACCAAUGCAGCAGCUUGUCUGAAGGACUGCCUUCAUGCCCUGCAGCAGUGGAACCACAGCCAACUGUCAGACUCGGCUUCUUCUCUGCAGGUGUCCUUGGAGGAGGGUGAAGCGUUGCAACAUAGCCUGCAGGAGGCUUUUUCCCACCAACAGUUUCUAUCAGCCUGUCUGACAUCACAAGUGUUUGAACAGCUGCAGAAGUCCUGUUUGGAGACACUCAGGCAGGCUGACACACACAGGUCUUCUCUAAGCCACAAUUUAAAGGAAACUGAGCAAAUGAAUAAACAGCUAGGUGGCAUUCAGUCCCAUGAUGAAAAUCUGGAGGAGAUACAGACCACAGUUGUGGCACCGCCACGAAAAAACAAACGUGAAAAGGGCGAAGUCAAACCAAAUAUUUCUCUAAGUGGCACACCUGCAUCUGCUCGUGGAUCAUCAGUUACAGUCGAGGCUCAGGCUCCAAACAUACCAGUAGUGAAAACAGUGAUGGAAGUCUCAACAAGUACUUCGGCUGUUGGUUUUGAAGAAACGUCUUCGCCAUCCAGGGAGACAUCAGAGGCUUUAGACGCUAAUAAAACACCUGAGGAGAUUAAGAUGGAGUCUGGAAUGGUGAAAAUGGCUCAAAGUAGUGAACUCAGCAUCAGAGAAAAUGAGAGCCCAUUAGUUCCUGAAGAAGAGAAGACCCCAGCCAAGUCCACUGGUUAUGAAACAAAGAGUCCGGUGUCUUUAGUCACUGCUGAGAAAGAAGGUGCAGGCACCACAGGUGAACCAACGAUAAUACCAGAUGAAACUCAGACAGAUGUUUUGGGACAAAGUAAGGUUUCGCCUCCCCGACGAAAGUCAAAGAGUCCAAAACAUUCUCCUAUAAGCUUUAAACAACCUUCAGAGGUGAAGCAAGAACCUGGCAGUCAAACGGCUGUCUCAGGUUCUAAUGAAGGUUCUCAUGUGGAAGAAACAAAAGUCAAACCAGUCAGAAGGAAGUCGAUGAAUGAUGGACCUCCCAUAACCUCUCCACACAUUGCUUCUGGUGAUAAAAGCUCUAAUGAAGAACUUGAGGAUAAGAAUAUCAUGGAGAGCUUGACAUCUACAGGUCUGUCAAUAACAGCAGAACCAGUUGAAACUUCUAGCAUGAAAGAAAUCAAACCUACUCCAACCAAAAGAAAACAUAAAUGUCAAAAACUGUUCACAGAACCUUCUACAGAGGAGGUGCCAGAGAACAAGCCUUUAGUACGUUCUGAAGCACAAACUAAAGUGGCUGUAGAGGUUGUACCAACCAGGAGGAAGUCAAAGAGUCUUGAGGUUUCCUCAGCUCCAGCUCCAACUUCUUCUACAAGCACAUUUUCUGAGGAGGACCUUACAAACAGCAAACAAGGUCCAGAGAAAGAGUCCUCGUCCCUGAAGAAAGUCACCGGACCAGAUGAAACUACAGUUUUACCACCAAGGAGGAAGUCAAGGAACACAGAUGAUCACCCCGGCCCUGAAGGUCAGAAAACCCACCUUAGAUCGUCUGAGGAGGAACUUGAACAAAGCAAGGAAGAACUAAUUGAUCAAAAGUCUUCUAGUUCAGAAAAAUUCUCAAAACCAGCUGAAAGUACUGUUAUGGAAAAAUGUCAAAUUUCACCAACCAAAAGAAAAUCAAAAACCGAGAAAACUUUGCAAGACAUAGUUUCCAAAGCUGAGACGGGUGAAACAAAAGAACCUGGUGAUCCGUUAGAGGGAACAGAGACUGCUGAAACAAAGAUCAUCCCAGCCAGGAGGAAAUCCAAAAGAAGAGCUGCGUCCACCGCUCUGGACUCCACUAAUGACCCUGAGUCUAAAGAAACAACAGAACAAACCAGUGAAAGAGUCUCUUCUCCUGAACAUUCACUUACUGUAACUACUGUUCACCAAGAAAAUAAGCUCUGGACAACCUCAAUAGUGUCAGAAGGACCUGCAGCCUCCCAAGAACUUCCUUUCCACGGAGAAACACAAACCACAGAGAAGCCCGAGAGUCAGAUAAUCGAAGCUGCUGCUGGAUUAGAAACAGAGCUGACAGACGUGGACGGUCUGAAGCCUCCAGCCGCUCUACAGACGCUCACUGCUGCAACUGAAGCGCCCGCUGUGCAGAUGGGACAGUUGUCACCAGGCAACAAGUCAAAAGGUUCUGAACGGCUAGGAUGUGCAGAUAGCACAUCGAUGUUUGAGAACAAGGAAGAAUCUCCAUUUGGGGAUUUACGGGAUGCACCAAGAGUCUCUGCUUCAGAAAUACUGGAACUAACACCAACCAGCAAGGAGUCUGAGGAAACAGGAGUAGAACCCCAACAUGGAGAGUCAGUGGUACACCUACAGGUGACUGAAGGACAAACCAGGCCAGCUGAAGCUGAAUUAGAUGAGCGUUCUCCUACUAAUGUAGUGUCAGAAAGUCCAAAACCUUCCAUAGAAAUUAAAGACAAGUCUCUGACUCCAAUUAAUGAAGAACAAGAUGUGGAAAGCUCGUUCCUGGCCUCCAGAGAGUGCAUAGAUGUUGUUGAUGUGGAUGUGCCAAUGCAUGGUCCAACUAGAGCAGGGCUGAGCUAUACAGAGCCUUCCUCAGAAGAAGAAACAGACGCAAUGUAUACUGGUAUGGGCGCCUUACCUCCUUCUGGAGACAAAACUGAAUCUGAAUCAUGGAUCAUUCAGAGUAGAGAGCCAGCUGUAAAACGACACGUGGUCGAAGGACAAACCGAGAAGGACCAGCUCUCCCUGGAACCUGAAGACACGAACAAAGAAGACAGGGAGAGCUUCUCUCUAGCUUCAACAGAGAAGACUGAUGCUAGUUUAGACCUACAGCUCAUUCAAACUGAGGACACUGUUGAGACUCCUGCCACUGCUUCUACCACUAAAGAGGAAAGUGACUGGGUGAAAACCACUACUGUUGUAGAGGGGGUGACUGGAAGCGCUGAAAGGCCUGUCCUAGAGAGCCAAACAACUGUGGAGGACAUUACGUCCGUGGAGAAAUCCGACAUUCAUUUGGUUGAAGAUCAGGAUCUACAAGGAAGGAAAGUGGCCACCGUCAUUCUUGAGACAAGUGGAGUGUUUGUACACACUAAAGAGGCUCAUCCCUGUGAGGUGGAACGUUACACAUCAGCAUCUCAGACUGAAGAACUUGAUUCAGAAAUUCAACCCAGUUCAAAGGAACCCACUAAAAGCAGAGGGACAUCAGGAAGUCCAGAGAUGUCUUUGGAACAACGGGAGGAAAACUUGAUCUCAUCAAAUACUAAACAUGACAGAGAGAGCUUGUUUAGGACUUCCACAGAGCUAACUGGUGUUGGUGACUUGGUUGUGGCAAAUCUUAUACAAACUAGUGAAGAUGCUGGGGCUCCAGAGCAGAUCACUGCAAUGACUGAGAGCCCGGAUCUGGAGAAAGGACUCAUUUUAACGGGCAAAGGAAAACCAAAGCAUCCGAAACUUUUCACAGGUACAGUCACGUUGCCGUUGUUUGAAAGCAAAGAAUCCGAAUCGAACAAUUCAAGAGCACAAGCAGGAGGUCCUGCCUUUGACACAACAGCCAACAAGGAAUCAGAGCAAGCUGCAACAAAAGUAGAGAAGGCUGAAGGCAGCGAGCUGGCUAUAAAAACACAUGCAGUUGUUGAUUCACACGACUUUUCUCCUAGCAUGGCAUUCUCAGGACUCUCCAUGGAACUGGAGGAGAAGAAUAAAAGCGAUAAGGAGAGCUCUUCUCUUGCUUCUGCAGAGCCAGCUGAUGUUAAUCUGAAGCUAAAACACUGCAUUCAAACUCAUGCUGAGCCUUCUGCUACUUCAGAGAUGGCUUCUACCUCUGGGAGGCUCACUGGAGGAGAGAACAAGUAUCUCAGAGAAGAGGGUGAUAGUGUUAAAUCUGUGACUCUUACACAAGAGCUCACUGGAAACACUGAGAAAGGGCUUGAUGACGGCACUGCUGUGGAAGAGAACGCUGAAAUUCGUUUGGAUGAAGAUCAGGAUCUACGGGAAAAGAAAGUGGCCACAGUCAUUCUUGAGACGAGUCAAGUAUUUGUACAUGCUCGUCCUAGUGAACUGGUAGGUUACACAUCCGCUUCUCAUACUGAAGAACUCCAACUCAGUUCAAAAACAUCCAAUACAGCUAAAGGAACAUCAGAAAGUCCAAAGCUUUCUCAGAAAACUCGUGAUGACUAUUUGAUUCUAACCUUUAAAGAAGACGGUGGGGAGAGCUCAUUAGAACCAACUCGCAUUGCUGAGCUCAACACCAACCCAAUCCAACCUGAAGAAGAGUGGACCUCUGUUGAGAUGAUCGCUGUUACAGUAAAAGCUCCUCUUGGGGAGGAAGAACAACUUCCACCAAGCCAGAGAAAGUCACCAGGCCCCAAACGUCCCGCGGAAACGAUCACAAACCGGGAAGAAUCGGCAUCGAUUUCAGGAAAACAAACUAGGUUUCCUGCUGCUGACGUACUGGAACUGACCUCAGCCAGCAACGAAUCCGAGGGAGCCGAAACCCAGACUCAAAGUGGAGAGCCAGGAUUACAAGUACAGGUGGUUGAACAACUCAGAGAGACUGUUUCAGAGGAAUCAAACGACUUUUCACCAACUAAAGACGUGUCGGAAAGUCGGCGUGUUUCCCUAGAGCAGGUUAAGGAGAAAGCUGUUCCAACAAAUGAAGGCAGAAUGGAGAACUUGUCUCUGGGUUUGGAAGUAGAAGAACACAUCCAGCCUGAGAAAGACUUAAAAGACAUUGAGCUUUCUGCUGCAACAGAGACGCUCACUGCCACACCUGAACUCCCUGUUGUCCAGGUAGUUCGUGAGCAGACACCUCCAGCUUCCACAAAGCAAGCAGAUGUUGGUUUGGAGCUAAAGUUUGUGUAUGCUGGUGCAACUAUUACAGAGUCUUCUGCAGCUACUGAGACGAUCUCCUCAACUAAGGCAGAAGAGCUGACUGUAACAGCCGUUGUAGAGACUCAAACAGCCUCAGUGGAAGAGAAAUCUGCCCUUCAAGUGGGUGAAGACCAGGAUCCAUGGGGACAGAACGUUACUCCUGAGACAAGCAAUGUGUGUGUUCAUCCUUAUGAGGUGGUCAUCUCCACAACAGCUUCCAUUACUGAAAAACUCCCGUCAGACGUUCAACCCAGUUCAGUAACCCCAUCUAACACCUCAGAGCCUCAGCGAGCUGAACCCAGUCUGACAAAGGUCUCGUCCUCAGACAGAGAUCUUCAGAAGCACCCUCCUCUUGCUUCUGACUCUACAGAUCCACCAAACAUAGCAGAAUACAUUAGAAACCUGUGGAAAAGCACUGAUGAGACCCAGAAGAGAUAUCUAACUCUCAAUGCUCCUGAAAUAGAGUUAGUUCAGAUCCAAGAGCUAAAUCUAGAUCCAUCAGACAAAAACACUGUGGCCACAACCGAUUCUCCAACUCCUGUUUCUGUUUUUACAGAGCACACGUCUCACAAGAGGACACCACUGACAGAAAUAAAUGUCUCUGAGAAUGAAAAAAUGCAACUAAGUAAAUAUGUGAGUGAGCACAAGAUUACUGAACCACAAACACCCAAAGAAAGCCCCAAGGAGCUCCAGUGCUUUGAUGUGGUUAGAGAUCAAACUGAGGAGUCACGACGUGAUGACCAGUGUGUCCAAGUGUGCCAGAGAGAGGGCCUCACUGAAAAAGGACCUGCAGAAUGCACACUGCAGCUUGAUAUAUCUACCAGAGCUGAGGACAUCACAAACCCAUCCGGCACAAGGAAGGAGCCGAGGACACAAACUGAAACUGUUAUCCAGAUUGAGAGUGUGCAUGAAGGAAGAGCUGCUUUUCAAAACAACGUGACACGAAUGGAUUCUUCUCAGCUCCAUCUCCCCGAUUCCCGAGCACCACCCCAACACAGCACAGAGAUCAUAGCAAUCAGCGUGUUUGACCAAGAUGUAAGAAAACCAAGUAAGACCGAGACUCGGAUGGAGUCAAACACCAUCAGUGACCCAGGUGGGCGAGCAGAACGUCCUGUUCUGGUGACACGUGUUAUUAGUGAUGCACCGGCGGGCCUCAGUGAAGAAUCUGUUGCAUCAGAGAAACUCGAAACAGCAUCUCAAGACAUGCAACUUCUACAAUUAGACAUCCAGAUGAGUGCAAAACAUCACAGGACAGCCUCUGUUCCAGAUGAAGCCAAGACGAGCGAAGAUGUGGUUCAAACCAGUGUCCAGACUGAGAAAGAGGCAGAAGAUGUGUUGGGCAAUGCCUCAGAGAGCGCUGCAACAGAGAUGAAUGAGACUGAGUUUCAAGACAACGAGACUCUGCUCACCUCUCUCGUUUAUGAGACCAUUCAACCACACGAGAGUAGAUUCAUAGAAAUAAGAUUGAAUGAGCAACAUACAGAAAGUCCAAGUGACCCUGAAAGUCAAAGCGUGCUCUCAAAGACCACACAGGAACCCAGAAGCAGCCAACGAGUGGAACAUGUUGUCCAAGAAGAACAUCCUCAAAUGUGCAAAAGGAGUGUUGAUGAGCUUUCUUCUAUGAAAGAGAAGUCUGUUACCGCGGAACAAACCCGGACGAAGCCAGCAGAUAUACCAUCCAUGCUGGGGGAGUCUGAAAGCACGGGUGUCUCAGAAGAACCAGGGACAGAUGGAACUGGAAUAAGUCUCCAAGGUAAAGAAGGGACUGAGGAUAAAGAUGAGACUGUGGCCAACAUCCAGCAUGGAGGAACUAGAGAUGAGACCACGAGAGUAGAGGGGCCAUCAACUGGCUCUGAAUGGAGUGUGCUUCAGAGUGACUUCAUCGUCUCACCACAAAUGACUGGGUCAGAUGUUUCACAGACAACAAGGGACGGAACUAUAGAUGCACCCCAAAACCUCAGUGAGAGGGUGGUUACCGAGAAAACUAUCCUCAAAGGGGCUGAGGUGGAGAUUACUCAACCGCAGGAGCAACAGAUCCCAGCAGCCACAACAAAAACCGAUGAUGAUGAUGAAACGAGUAUCCGGAGUGGAAAAGUUACACAGAAGCAACGUGGGACUUCUGCUGCUGCUGCUCUCCCACAAACGACACCAGUAACUGAAGAGCAUGUCGAUCUUCAAGAAUCAUCUAAAUUAAGCUUAUCGGGACAGCGUGGCGAGGAAGAGGUCGAACAAGUCCUUCGUGGCAAACAUGGUGUGCAGAAGACCUCAGGUGAACUUUCUGUCAAAAAGAGGGAAAUCCACCUGAUCUCUCUGGAGUUCCAAACCGUCGAGAUCAAAGAGCAGACAGGGACAGAGACAAGUGUCCAGGAUGUGAGUGAACACAACGUCCAGCCACUCCGGCCAACGGUCGGGACAAUUCAGGAAGGUGACCAAGAAAAUCUUUCCGAGUUCCAGUCUGAACCAGGGCUGGUCCCAAAAGUCCAAACGGAGGAACACACAGAUGAAGAGGGCAAACGUGAUGGACAACAGCAGGUAAAGAUACCAGAGACAGAUGCAAAGGAACCAGUCCAACUGAGCGGAACCGCCUCAGAGGCGGUGAGGUCUCAGAGCGUGAACGAGCCAAAGGAACAGGCGAGGAGUGCUGAAAGGACACAAUCACCUCAGAUGGUGAAGAGAGCCGCUGACGUUUCCCCGAGUGCAACCGUGUGUCUGGAAGCAUCAUCAGCUCAGCAAAACGAAGCACAUGGUGCUGAUGAGCGAGUUGAAGAGGCACCAGAUGGAACGGCCAUGGAGGACAUCUUCACUGAAAUGCAGCUGCCCUUUGGGACAGGACCCAUCAGACAACUCAUUGAGGGUCUACCACAGGACGAUGCUCCAGAAGCUCUCUUUACACCCACCAGUGAUUCUGAUGUCCUGCUGAGCAGAACUCUGUCCAGAGUCCUGAGCAUCAAGAGCAGUCGUGCGGAGCUGAACCCAUCAGCUAUGGCCCAGCAGGUAGAGGAGGUCCAGGAGUGCAGAGAGCUUGCCAGACUUCAGAGGUCACUGGUUUCUCAGCUGAGAGAAGGCGAUGCUGACAACAGGAAGACUCUGGAGCACUUGGAGGACCGGUGGAGCUCGGUGGCUCUGGAAGCAGCUGCCGUGAUCCAGAGUAAAGAAGCCCAGCUGCAGCUGGUGACUGACUACAGCACGCAGAUCCAAACAGCGAGGAACAAAGUGGAUCGGCUGACAGAUGAACUGGAAGCUGUGAGAAUGUUUCCACAGGAAAGCUGCCAGAAAGAGGCAGAAGUACUAUGUUCCUUACAGAGAAGCAUGGAGGAGAACAGAUCCAUCCUUGGGGAGUUGCUUAGGACCCACAUGAAGAUCUGUCUCAUCCUCACUAGAUCUGACACAGAAACAGCAACAACCGAACAAAAUAAGCUUCAAGAAAGGUGGAGCACCCUGGAAAGAACUGUUGAGAGCAAGAUCCAUCACGCAAAUGUGCAUUCUCACCAUGCCAGCACUACUCUGUUAGAGCUGUCCAGUCUGCAGGACCACGUAGACGUAAUCAGCAAAGGCCUCAAAGCCAAAGUGUCCUCAGAUACCCUGUGGAGUUGCAAGGAGGCGCAGCAGCUGAUGGAGGCAAACGCAGACAUUAAAGCAGCCUGGAAAAACUACCAAUAUUUACAGCAGCUGUCUGAGGAGUUUCUCCUCAACUCCCAGUGGGAGAGAGAAUCCCAGGAGAUACGCCACAGACUUCAGGAGAUCCAAAGUAAACUGGGCCACUCAGAAGAACUAUUAUCUUCCCAAACCAAAAGCAGCAGCAAUCCUGUCAUGCAGAAGAUCAUUGUGGUGAUGACGGAUGCCCUGGCUGUGGCCAGGCAACUGGAGAGUGACAUCAAGGGCCGGAGGAAGAAGGUGCCUCUUCUUCCUGAAGAGGUCCACUGGCAGCUCAGAGACCUAAAGAAACUGCAGUCUGACAUGAUGGCCAAGCAGGGACAACUAGAGUCACUGGUGGAGGAGGUGAUGGAGCUCCUUCCACUGCUGGACCAAGCUCAAGAGGUGCCAAUUGUACAUGAAUCUCUAAAAUGCCUCCAGGGACUCUCAAAGUCCACCACUGAGAAGCUAUCUAAGGCUAUGAAAGAAAUAGAGUCAGGUCUCCAGACUAGAGAAAAGCUAUCUGAGCAGAUGGCUGAUAUAGACUCCUGGACUGUGGCCCAUCUACAGUCAGAGGCCUCAAGAACGUCAGAAAGUGAGCUCUUGAGUCCUGCUGAGCUUGACCGCAGAGUUCGGCACAUCCAGGAAACCCUGGCUGAGUGUGAGAGGCAGGCUGCAGUCUGCGAGGCUCUCCUCAUGAAGAGUAAGGACAUCACAUCUGAACUGAGCCCCACGGAGACCUGCCAGCUCUUUAACAAGAUAAGAAACCUCCAGGAGAACAUCAGAGCCAUUAGCAGCAGCGAGAAGGCCCAUAAAGAGGAGCUGGAUAUGCUCAUCAAGGCCGUUGCUUCCAGAAAAAACAACUUACUCGAAGUUGAAAAAAGCCUGAGGCAGAUGUUGGUAGAUGUAGGACAGCAGAGAUUCCCCAUCACGCACGAGUCCUUGAAAGCUCUGAGACCUUUUAAACAUAAGAUUUCUGAACACAAGUCCCAGGUUGACCUGCUCACACCAUGGAUUCCCCAUGGGAGUACCAAAGAAGUUAACUCAGUUAUUUCUGAGCUUCAGAACAAAAUAAAUACUCUGGAGAUAAAAACCAGAGAUCACGAGAGUUACCUAAACAUGAGGCAAUGCGUGGAGGACCUCAAAGAGAACGUUCAGGAGCAAGUUCAUCAGACUAAAGAAGAUAGCAGGGACCUGAAGGAGAGGUACAACAUCUGCCGCACACUCCUCAUCCAGUUUCCUUUACUGAUGCGGUUGUGUAGAGAAACCCGCUCCAAACUCCAGAAGAUCUCUGCUGACCUGUACCCCUCACAACUCGCAGCAGAGCAACAGAGACUGAAACAAAACCAGGACAACCUGGACACUUUGGAGGUUACCCUGCGAAACAACCUCAGUCUCAUUGAGUGGAACAUCCUUAAAGAAAUGGACCUUGAAUCAGAAAGGAAAGCCAUUAAGAGCUUCCUCUCCAGGACCUUGGAAGAACUUCAGAGACUCCCUUUACUAGAACCAAAUCAAGCCCUGAUUGACCGAGAAUACCAGAAACUCGUGACUUUGAAAAAGACGGUGGAGUUCAAAACGAGAGCGUUUGAGAUUCUGGAACAGAAGAAGGGAAGCGAACAACGACGAGGACUUCAGCAUCUGAUGGACCUAAAGAAGGCAGUCCUCAUUCGAUGUGACUCACAAAUGGAGAAAGUGCUCCAGGCCAGCGGGAGUUGGAGGAGCUACGUCCAUGCUGUUAAAGAAGCCGUACGCUUUCUGCACGGCCUCGAGGUCUCGCUGCUGCCCCCGCUUGGUUCUGCUGGACUAUGCAGCGAAAAUCUGGAGCUGACCCAGCAGACCCUGAACUCGCUUCAGCAUCAGUUCCAAACCUACGUGGAGCAGCUUCAGAACCAAGCUGCUCUGCACACCGACUUCUCCCCUUACAAGUUGGAGCAGCUCCAGGAAAGCAUCCUGAGCAAACUACUGGUCAGGAUGUCCACGCUGCAGGCAAAAGGCCACAUACGACUGGAGUCUCUCAGCAGGUGUGCAGAACAGUACAGAAAAUUCAACGAGUCCCACGAUGAAAUCCUCCAGAGGGUCGCAAGUGCAGAAAGCAGGCUUCUGCAGGUUGUCUCUGAAAAGGCUUCCUGUCUCGCUGACUGCAUGGACCAGGAGGGACGAUUUCAAGUGCUGUCUGAUGAGCUAGAGUCGCUGCUGAAGCACCUGGAGGAUCUGAGAGAGUGGUGCCCACAGCACGGCUGUCGUGUACGCAGGGAGGCUGCUGUGACCUCCAUCUGGAGACGGGCAUCAAGGUUACGGAACUGCACACAGAAGCUAACAGCGAGAAGCAAACAGAGAACCACAGAAUGGAUGAACAUCAGACACACCGUGGAGAAAGCUUCUGGCAUGCUGGAGCAGGUGGAGGCUGAGCUUCCUGGUGACUCCAGGCUGAAGAGCUCCACUGAGGACCUCCAGGACCUGCUGUUGUCCUGGGAGCAGUACCAGGACCGACUGGACUGUGAGCAUCGAGCACUGUCUGCACUGGAGCUGCGCACAGCCAGGCUGCUGGGUGUUCCCGCCCACCUGGAAAAGGCUCCUCCCACUCCACUCUGUCAGCAGCUGCAGCAGCUGCAGCGUCGAUACAGCAGCGUGAAGCAGAAAAGCAGGGAGGGUUUGCUGCACGCUAGGCUGGAGCUGGAGGAGAGAGAGAAGAUCCGGGAGGAGCUGCAGGUCCUCCGUGUGUGGCUCCAGGCUGCAGGUGGUCUUCUGUCAGAGAUGGAGCAAUGUAGCAACACACAAGAGCUGCAGGAGCUGUACGGCCAGCUGUGUGCUCACAAAGUUUUACUGCAGCGGAUUAAGGAGAACCUUAAUGUGAAAUACUCUGACGUGCAUGCUCUGGUCCCGGCUGAGCUGGACAGCCAACUACAGGAAGUCACAACAUCUCUGCAGGAAGUGGAAAUGAAGAUCGGAGAGGCAGUGGAGAGAAGUGGUCCCGUUCACAGGCUGGGGGCCAAGCUUUCUGACAUCCUUGCAGGUCUGAGAUCAGUUCAGAACCGGCUGGAGGAGAGAAGUUCCACUGUGACUAAAGCAAAGAUCACACAGAAGCGUGUGUGGGAUGAGCUGGACCGGUGGCAUUCCCGCCAGGCAACACUAGAAGUGGAAAUGCAAGACCUGGAGAAGCCAGAGGAGGCCCUGAUCCUCACAGAGAGACUGGUGGAGGUCCAGCAGCUUCACUCCUUGGUGUCCAAACAGGCAGAGCAGAGGACCACCUUACUGAGCAAGAUACACACGUGGCUCCAUGAGCAUCAGGAGAUGAUCAACAGCUCUAAAAGCUGGAUGGCUGAGGCUCAGUCAUGGCUUGCUGCUCCCUGCACGUAUACCACAGCCAAAUGCUUGAGGAGCCACAUUCACGCCCUGCAGAGUGUGCUGAAUGACGCAUCCCAGAUCCGGAAGACGCUGCAAGGUUUCAGCUCAGUCCUGAAGGAAAUGUCGCAGGUUUGUGAUGUCACAGCCCUCCAGGAACAACUAGUGGAGGCAGAUUGUCAAGUGGCGGAUGUUCAGGACAGCUUCACAUCUCCUUUAUCUCAGCUGGAGCAUGCUGCUGAUGAGGUGGAGGCUAUUGAAAGUGAAGUGAGACAGAUGGAGAAUGAUGUAACAGAGAUUAAGACACUGCUGUCUUCUCCAGAGGCUUUUCCUAGCCCCAGAGAGGACAACCUCAAGAUGGUUGAGCAGAAGAUUCAGUCCAUGAGGAGAACGGUGGCUGAGAUCCAGAAAUGCAAACCAGACUUGUGUCUCCCGGGGAAAGCUGAGGAAACUCUUGUUGUUUUUACUGUGGUGGACCAGCUCCAGACUCUGCUCCUGGAACUGGAGAAGAAAGUCCCUGCUCUGUUCAUCCAGCAGCCUCCAACUCCAGUUACAACCACAGCAGCAGUCAGAGUCCAUGCACCCACUUCUCCAGCAGCUGAGGAGGAGACAGGUCAAAUCACAAUAGCCCACGUGGAAGACGAUGUCCUGAAGCGAUCUGGAGGCACGCUGCAGACGGUGCAGCAGUCCUCCACAGAACAGAAACCAUCUAGGAGACCGGAUAGCCACCAGUGGGCACAUCAGGGCGAGCUCCAGGCUGAAGAAGCCACAGAGAGAACAGGGAAUGAGCGGCUGACAGUGGAAGACAGUGGAGGAGGUAUUUUGUGGUGGCUCUGGGAUGCUUUCCUGGGAGCUUCACCCGAGGAAACUGGGGUUUUAGUCGGUGGGGAGGCCGAAGUUGUUUCUGGACCAACCGCUCAGCCGACUGCAGAGGAGACAAAGGAUGUUGAGAGCUCCCCUGACAACACAGAAGCAAGUUCUUCUGAAGCGUUAUCAAAGCCCCUGGGCACAGUCACAACCCAGUCUCUGUAUGAGGGCACGGUAAACACAGCCAGCACCGCAAACGUCUCCAAGCCCGACUCCAAGUCCCAGCAGAGAUGUCUCAUAAGCUAAAUCAGCAGCUGCUCCAACAGCCUAGAACUGCCGUCUGUUUUCUGAAACCAGCUCAAGAGUUCCCAGCAUCUUGUAGAAAAGAUAAAGACCAUUGUGUGUGUGUGACUUUUUUUUUUCUUUAUUUAUCUAGAAUCAUCUAAAAACAUCUUCAGCCUUUAGAACGAAACUUUAUAGAUUUACAGUUACAGUUCAUUCUGGAGUUCCUCGAAAGCUUUACCCACUUCCAGUUGGACUCUUGAAUUUUUUUCUGGAAUACGACACGUUUAAAUAAGGUCAAGCUGGAGGAAGUGUGUUAUCUCCUGAAGAGAUCCCAAUGACACACGUCUAAACAUCAUGAGACUACCUACUGAGUUACUUUGGGACCAGAGAACACACAUCUACUUCUCCAAAUGAAGAACAUUUGAGCCCCCACCCACCACCGAUUUGUGUUCCUCUAGAAUUAAUUAUUAAUCCAAACACCGGAUUACCAUUCUGGUUAGAGAGCCAACCAAUUUUAAAAACAUGAUUUAUAUUUCAGUUCUUCUGGUUCUAAAUAGAACCUGCUCUAUCUCUACUAAGAUCGUGGCCUCCAUAGGAACUUGCUUCUGUCUGCCACUGAACCAGGCCUGAUUUCCAAACACUUCCUUCAUACAGGAGUACACGGCAUCACUUUUAAAAGUGCUAUAAUCUGUUUGUGAUGAUUGGACAAAAAAUAAAAUACAAAUUGGCAACAUUUUCCUGAUGCUUCCCAUUUGGGGCCAGUACUUGCAACAGAGAUGAAGGAAGUGUUGAAUGCAGCCUGGAAACUCCCUCAACAGCCACUCUGGAAACAAUUCAAGAGCUCCUGUUGUGUUGCAGCACCACCUCUUAUGUUUUUGUAGAAAUGUUACCACUGCCAGAUAACCUGCAUCAUAUGGAAGGGUGCUCCAUGUCUGCACAAAUAAAAGUGAAGCAUGUGACUCCAAUAAAAGCACCAAAGGUGUACUUUACUGUGUGGUGAUAUGAAGGACUGCAGAAUAAUUCUGUUGAUUUAGUGACAUGUGGUCAGCACAAGCCGGCACGUAUCAGGAAUGGUCUGUGGAUGUACCAGAGCACCCGGUCCUUUAUUCUGGAGGUUCAGUUAUGUGGGAGGGAUGAUUUUAUAAUGUAUAAAGAGACAAUUGAUCUUUUCAUUUGUUGUCUGAUUUCAUUUUCCAGGAGCUACAGAGUUUCUGUUGAAAUAAACUUGUUUGCUUGCUAGUUUACAUUUGUUGUUUGUUUCUAUCAGUUGAAUGUUUAAAUAAAAGUUGGAGUAUGCUGUUUA